UUGACAGUGUAACAUUACUUCUUUUCCCACUUAAUUUUCGAAGAAAUUCAACGGCUCUUUCGAGGUUGAAAAAACACAGAAUUAUUAAAAAUUAUUGAAUGACCGUAGAAUAUAAGAUGGUUGAUCGGUAUCUCCAGGUCUCCCUUCAUUAGGUUUACUGACUGCAAGUUCUGUUGAUUAAAGCCACCGUCAACUUCCAUUAAUGAAGGUCAUUUCUUGCACUUACUAACAAACAUCAGGUUCAUUGUUGUUUACCAAACAUGGAAAAGAAAGGAAGUCUUGCAACAAAUUUAUUAUUAGCUUCUUCAUCUUCUUCUACCCAGAAAUGGAAGUACGAGGUAUUCUUGAGUUUUAGAGGUGAAGACACUCGUAAUACGUUUACUAGCCAUUUAUAUGCUGCUUUACGUCGUAAAUCGAUCAACACGUUCAUUGAUGACAAACUUAAGAGAGGAGAAGAAAUUACAUCUGCUCUUUCGAAUGUGAUUGAAGAGUCAAACAUUGGAAUCAUCAUUUUCUCAGAUGACUAUUCUUCUUCGACUUUUUGCUUAGAUGAAGUCGUGAAGAUUAUUGAAUGCAGCGAAACUCAUGGACAGAUAGUUAUUCCGGUAUUUUACCACGUUGAUCCAUCAGAUGUAGAGAACCAAACCGGAAGUUUUGCUGCAGCUUUUGUUAAACAUGAGAUUCACAACUUUGACAGAGUGCAGAGCUGGAAAGUUGCCUUAUCAAAAGCAGCCAGGAUGGCCGGAUGGCACAUCAGUGGUACUAGCCCGGAGUAUGAGCUGGUUGAAAAUAUUUCCAAUGAUAUUGUGAAGAAACUGAAUGCAGCAUGUUCAUGUGAUUUAAAGGGCCUGGUGGGCAUAAAACCUCGCAUUGAGCAUAUCAAGGCAUUAUUGUUUAACGAGUCCUUAGACGUUCGCAUGCUAGGUAUAUGGGGCAUGGGCGGCAUUGGUAAAACAACCCUUGCUGAAGCUGUUUUCAGUCAAAUUAAAGGCCAAUUUGACGGAUGCUGCUUUCUUCCAAGUGUUAGGAUAAAUAGUGAAAAAGAUGGUGAUUAUAUAAUAAAGCAGCUUCUUUUUCAAAUAUUUGGGGAAAAAGAUGGGACUAUCACCUCACUUGAUAUUCGAUGCUCUACUUUCAUUGCAAGGAUGCUUAAUAGGAAGGUCUUAGUUGUUGUGGAUGAUGUGAAUAGCACUCAACAGUUAGAAUUUUUCGUGCAAAUUCGCUAUGUUUUUGGCAAAGGAAGCAGAAUAAUUGUGACAAGCAGGGAUAAACAUAUACUUUCAUGGUGUAGCGUUGAUGGUACAUAUGAAGUUAAGGGAUUAGAUUUCAAGGAGGCUCAGAUUUGUUUUUGUCAGAAUGCCUUCAAGAAUAACUUUCCUGCACAAGAGCAUGGUUUUCUAUCAGAUUUGUUUAUAACCUAUGCAAAUGGUAAUCCUUUGGGUCUUAAAGUCCUUGGUUCCUUUUUAUUUGGCAGGACUGUAAGAGAAUGGAAAAAUGCAUGGGAUAAGCUUCAAAAAUAUCCUAAAGAAGGUAUUCAGAAUGUGCUGAAAAUUAGCUAUGAUAACCUUGACGGAGAAGAAAAGGAUAUCUUUCUCCAUCUUGCAUGUUUCUUUAGAGGUGAGAAAAUGGAUGAGGUUACAAGAAUCCUGAAUGCGUGUGGCUUCAGUACAGACAUUGCAUUAAGUGUUCUUAUCGACAAAUCACUUAUAACUGUUAUAGAAACAUGCAGCCAUGAUUCAUUAGAAACGCCUGGCUCCUUAGAAAUACAUGACUUAUUACAAGAAAUGGGCAAGGGAAUUGUUCGAGAAGAAUCUAGAGAGCCAGGCAAGCGAAGCAGACUAUGGGAUCAUGACGAAAUUGUUCGAGUGCUAAAAAAAAGUGCUGGAACUGAAGCAAUUGAAGCUAUAUGCCUAGACAUGUCUAAGAUUGAUGAAAUAGACAUAAACCCAGAUGUCUUUAAAAGCAUGUCUAGCCUCAAGUUACUUAAAUUUUAUGACAGUAGUGAAGAAAAAGCUGGUAAGGUGAACUUUUCACAAGGCCUUGAUUGUCUUCCAGAUGAGCUGCGAUAUCUUUACUGGCAUGGGUACCCAUUGGAAACUUUGCCAGCCAAUUUUGAUCCAGUUGAACUUGUAGAGCUCCAUUUGCCUUACAGCAUGAAUAUCAAAAGCCUGCAAAGGUUUGACAUUCCUCAAUCCAGCCAUCCUUUCAAAGUACCAAUGCUAUUAGGAGCCAGAAAUCUUGUUCACAUAAACAUGUAUGGCUGCGCAAGAAUUGAAACUUUUCCUAGUACCAUUGGUUUGAAGUCUCUUGAGACUCUGAAUCUCACCAGGUGCUUGAAACUUGAGACAUUUCCAGAAAUUUCAAGUAAUGUGAGAUUAUUGGAUAUGAGCUAUACUGCAAUAAAAAUAGUUCCAGCAUCACUUGGCUCACUCUGCAGAUUGGAGACAUUCACUUUGACAAAUUGCACCAAGCUCGAAAGUUAG